UUUAAAAACCACGAGGGGUUUAUUGUGUAUUACCACUACCCCAUCCCACAAAAUGCCCAAUUAUCUCAGCGGGUCAUCCAAACUGUAUUGCUACCCAGAAAACGAAAAUGAACUCCAUCCAUUUCUCAUUCUCCUCAACUCCUCCUUCCACAUAGGCCGCCGGCGUAAUUGACCGUGGGUGGGUCAUGCCAAUCCUCCCACCCAAUUGGUUUUGCAGAUAUUAACAGCGCCAAGUCGAAGCCACUUUCAACGUCGGCGGAAAAGAGAGCAUCUUUAAUUAUUUUCCUAAUUCUUCCUCAGUUUGAGCGGACGACAUAUGGGGGCGAGUAGCGACCCGACUCAGGACGGGUCUGAUGAGCAGCAGCGUCGGUCGGAGAUCUACACAUAUGAGGCGCCAUGGCACAUCUACGCCAUGAACUGGAGCGUCCGCAGGGACAAGAAGUACCGUCUCGCCAUCUCGAGCCUAAUGGAACAAUACCCCAACCGAGUCGAAAUCGUCCAGCUAGACGACACAAACGGUGAGAUCCGCCCCGACCCGAACUUAUGCUUCGAGCAUCCAUACCCACCGACCAAAGUCAUCUUCAUACCGGACAAGGAAUGCCAGAGGCCGGACCUGUUAGCGACCUCCAGCGACUACCUUCGGGUCUGGAAAAUAGCCGACGACGGAAGCCGCGUCGAUGUCAAAUGCCUUUUAAACAACAACCGGAACAGCGAAUACUCUGGCCCCUUGACUUCGUUCGACUGGAACGAGGCGGAGCCAAAACGAAUCGGGACAUCGAGCAUCGACACGACCUGCACCAUUUGGGACAUCGAAAAAGAGACGGUGGACACCCAGCUCAUCGCUCACGACAAAGAGGUUUACGACAUCGCGUGGGGCGGCGUCGGAGUUUUCGCCUCCGUCUCCGCCGACGGGUCAGUUAGGGUUUUUGAUUUGAGAGACAAAGAGCAUUCGACUAUCAUUUAUGAGAGCUCCGAACCCGAUACCCCCUUAGUCCGUCUCGGGUGGAAUAAACAGGACCCGAGAUACAUGGCUACAAUCAUUAUGGACAGUCCGAAAGUGGUUGUGUUGGAUAUCCGUUUCCCAACGCUCCCGGUGGUGGAGCUGCAGAGACAUCAGGCUGGCGUGAAUGCGAUUGCUUGGGCUCCUCAUAGUUCUUGUCAUAUAUGUACUGCAGGGGAUGACUCGCAGGCUCUCAUUUGGGAUUUGUCAUCCAUGGGUCAGCCCGUUGAGGGUGGAUUGGAUCCGAUUUUGGCUUACACGGCUGGAGCUGAGAUAGAACAGCUUCAGUGGAGUUCGUCCCAGCCUGAUUGGGUUGCCAUUGCUUUUUCCAAUAAGCUUCAGAUUCUCAGGGUAUAAUAAUAUAACCGCAUUGUUUCAAUUUCAUUGUUGAAUUGAAUUUUUCGAAAUUACUAUGCUAGUCUUUGGACAUUGGUUUCUAUUUGCCAGUACAUUCUGCUCAGUAUUAGAGCAUAGGUUUACGUUGUGUUUCUUGAUUGUUGUCUUGUGUGAAGGGAUGCAAUGGUUUUGUGUCCGCUGUUACAUUCUGUUCUCAUCAAAUGAGGGUUACCAAUAUUUACAGUAUGUUGUUUGAAACGUUCGUGUUAACUGCAAAUUAAGUAGGGAUUUUUUUUUUUUAUGUUUCGUUGCGUUAAACAUGUAGAUUGCAACCUUUUCACAGGUGCUGAAAUGAGAACCAUGUUAGUUUAAGCCUGUGUGGUAAUUUUCAAGAUGAUGAUGCAAUUGUAUGUGGAAUCAAACUCCAGCAAUAUUCAUCAUCGUUUUUGCUUUUCUUUGAUGGGAAAAUGCAGCCAGUAGCAUGCAUGGUAUAAUAGAAAAUCAUGUAUCUUAGUGUCUAGUCCUAAUGCAGGAAGGAAGAAGGAAGAUACUCACCUAAUUGAGUAUAUGAUUUCCUCUAUGAUAACCUUUGUUUUGGGAGGGAUAUUCACCUAAUUCAUUGACUACAUAAUUUCAUCAUGAUAACCAUUGUGUUAGGAUGGCAGUUUACUUACCAUUACCUAUGUUAGAAGGUUCUUAAAGUGUAUGAUGUUUGAGGACAUUGGUGUUGUACCUUUGCCUUAUACUAUAAUAACAUAAAAGGGACUAAGAAGGUAGUGACCCGGUUUGAUUUUCCUAUUAUAUGUAGUUUACUAUGAUGUUCUACGAUGGUUUCUUGCUCAUUUGUUCGGACUCCUUCGAUGUAGACUUCUUACCUGGGCUUAUUCUUUUGUUUCACCUAAUCCCCUGUUCUUCUACUUCUAGUUUUUGCAACAUGAUCAUUAGAGUCUUGAUGCUUAUAUUGCUCAUUUGAUCAUCCAUUGUUUUGUUCACCUGACUCCCCGUUCUUCUACUUGUAAUUUUUGCAACAUGAUAACUAGAGUCUUGAUGUUUAUAUUGCUCAUUUGAUCAUCCAUUGGUAUCGAGAGAUGAAUUUCGAUGGAUUGUCUUGAUUAUUGAAUUGCAUGUGAAUUAGAGUCUAUGUAAUGUUACAUAGCUGCUUUCUUGUUCUUUUUUUUACCCGUAUUUAUUAACUUUUUUGAAAUAUAUCGGUCAUUCGCCGCACGCAAAUGGGGUGGGGCUCCCAUGUGUAUAAUUGUACACCUAAACUGUUACUGCAAGACCAGAGACCAAGCACUGAGGAAAGGGGGGGUAAGGGGAAUAACCCUACAAUAUGAACUGAACCUGGUCAAGAAGUAACUUCAAAACGACUUCAUAUUUAUUAACCUAAAUAUCGCAUAUAUACGUGAAUCUUUAAUGCCAAAAGUAACUGUAGUGAAGUGAAAAAAGAAAAACUCUGAGGCUCGAGAAGAAGAAUUCGUGUUAAGGAACACCUUGAUUUUCUCUUUCUUCACUCCACAUAUGGGCCCAUACGGCCUUCAACUACAAAUUAGUUCCUAACAGAGAUGUCCAGCGCUGGAGUUAAGAAACACCUCAGUUCUGUUGGUUUCUUUACCUUUUAAUGGUUGUUUUAGAAUAUUAUAUUUAUGUAAAUGUUUCAUCCCAUGUUAAAUUUUUACAUUUGCAAUAAUUUCUUAUAUUUCCAACAUUAAAAAAACUCGUAAAAACAUUUAAGUUAAAAAGUAAUUCAAACCUUAAAAUGUGAAGCAGUUUAGAAGUGAAGCAGUCGACUCCAUGGCUAGUUAAAAAGUUGCUGAAAUUGAGAGAGUAUGCCUUAAAAUGUGUCUAUGUCUCCUUGCAAGGCUUGGAAUGGAAUGGAUUGGCUUGGGAGAAUCAUUCUCCACUCAUGGCACAUACCUUACAUUAACCGUGAUGGCAAACCAGGGAGAAAAUUAGCAAAUAUGAUCCUUCAAUAGAUAACUGAUGUCCUUUGUGCACGAUGGAGGAGGAAACUAUUGGACAUAUAUUCUUUGAUUACUUAUUCUCUACACACACUCUCCAAAGCCUUGGCUCUGGUAGAUGCACAAGUCUCCUUUUUUCAUUGGCAGACUCUUAGGGAGGAGAUACUAUCGAAAUAUGGAUCAAGCUCCGUGGAAGAUGGGAUAACUAGGGGUGUGGUGGUAGCAACACUUUACUACAUUUGUGAGGUGCGAAAUCAUGUCAUUUUUCGCCAAGAUAAAGUGAAUGAAGCAGAAGUGAUGCAGAACAUCUUGUUUUCAUUGAAGCUAAAUCUCUCCAAAAUUUGUAAGAUGAAGAAUAUUAGGCACUACCGAGUGUGGUGCAACAAGAUGAAAAUCUUUCCUCAGUUCAAAUGAAAACGAAGAUAAUUUUGUAUGGCGAU